CAAAGCAAGCAAAGAUUAUUAAGUAUUUGAGAGAUGAUGAGAGGGUUGGAUUGUCUCAUUCCAAGAAGUGUCACACGUGUGAAGGUGCUUCCUCGUUGUAACACGUGUGCAUGGGUGAGACUUGGAUUGGAAAACAAGGUCCUAAUUAACUGAGACUUCCUCUAACUAAGCUUCUGUUCACUUUCUCUCUUUCUCUCUUUCUCUUUUCUUCUUCUUCUUCUUUGUGUUAUAUAAAGGAGGAGAAGAGGAGGAGAUGGGGAGGAAGCCAUGUUGUGAGAAAGUGGGGUUGAAGAAGGGGCCAUGGACAGCUGAUGAGGAUAAGAAGCUCAUCAACUUCAUUCUCACCAAUGGCCAUUGCUGCUGGAGAGCUGUUCCUAAGCUUGCUGGCUUGCUAAGAUGUGGCAAGAGUUGUAGACUAAGAUGGACAAACUACCUGAGGCCUGACUUGAAGAGAGGCUUGCUUUCAGAUUCUGAAGAACAAAUGGUGAUUGAUCUCCAUGCUCGUCUUGGAAACAGAUGGUCUAAGAUUGCAUCACACUUACCUGGAAGAACAGAUAAUGAGAUCAAGAACCAUUGGAACACACACAUCAAAAAGAAGUUAAAGAAGUUGGGAAUUGAUCCUCUCACUCACAAACCUCUCCCUUCAACUGAUCAACAACAUCUCCAACAACAACAACAACAACAACAACAACAAAAAGAAGAAGAUGAUGAUGAUGAUGAUGAUUAUAAGAAAAAUGCAGUAGUUUCUAUGGAGUCAAGAGAUGAGUUUUGCACUGAUGAAGUUCCUUUGAUUCAACCUCAUGAGAUUCUUGUUCCUUCUUCUUCAUCAUCAUCAUCAUCAUCAUCAUCAUCAUGUUCUUCAUCAUGCAUGGACUGGCUUGAGCCAAUGCACUUUUGGGGACUAGAUGAGUUCAUGAGUGGCUGGGAUUUCUUUGGUGAUGAUGCUAAUGGAGUACUUUGGACUACUACUACUACUACUACUUCAUCUCUUGAUCAUGAUCUUCUUUUACAGUGUCCAAGGAGUACUCUUGCUACUACUCCUACUACUACUACUUCAUCUCUUGAUCAUGAUCUUCUUUUACAGUGUCCAAGGAGUACUCUUGCUACUACUCCUACUACUACUACUAGUAGUAGUAGUUACUUUGAUCAAGAGGCUUGGAAAUUUGAGCUCUUUUGAAUUAAUUUUAUUUAAUUUUAUUCUCU